AUUCUAACACAUGGAGCUGGAGGAGACAUGAACUUCCGUCAUCUGGUUUCAAUAACAACUUUUCUUGCUUCAAAUGGGAUUCAUUGUGUCAGAUCUACCUGUAAAGGGCUGAACCUUUGUUAUAGAGUCAAUGCUUAUAAAGCUGUUGUGGAAUACAUAAGGAAUUCAAAGGAGUAUAAAGUAAAUGAUCUUUUCCUUGGAGGGCGUUCUAUGGGAGCAUGGGAGCUGCUGCUGCUGUGGUGAAACAACUAACAGAACAAUGAUGAUGACAUCCGGGGCCUCAUAUGCCUGUCAUAUCCACUGCACCCACCAAAGCAGCAAAAGAAGCUUCAGACAAGUGAUCUGCAACUUGUGCAGAACCCAGUACUUUUCCUGUCAGGAACUGCUGAUAAAAUGUGUGAAAAGAGCUUGCUGGAAGGAGAAGUAAGCAAAAUGGUGGCACCUACCAAAGUUUAUUGGAUAGACGGGGCAAAUCAUGGCAUGGGAGUGAAAGGACGAACUGAGGAAGAAAUAAUGGAUGAAAUUGAACCGUUUGAAGAUGUGUGA